GCGCCGGGGCACAUGUCCCUGAAUGAGUUGGACAUAUCAGAUGCCCUUUCGGCUGCAUCUCGGCAGAGGACAAGCAGAGAUCCUGCAGCAUUCCGCCGGGGCAGAACGGACACGUUCUUGCAGGCUGUGGACAGCGAGCACGAGGGCUUCCACCUGAAGGCCGUGUGGACUGAUUACUUAGACACAAACAACGAUGUCGGUAGCGGUUUUCAGCACUACUUUGCUGCAAUGAAGGGGGCCAGGAGGGAGACCGAGAAGUCCCCACCAAAAAGUCCGUUGAGACUUGUCAGAGGCUCACGGCGCGAGCUGAUGAAUCUCGCAAGUGUCGGCGAGGGGAGGUGGAGGCACGCUUUUGUCAGGGCCAGCAGGCAGUGCAGACCAGGCAUUGUGUCGCCCAGUGGUACAUACAGGAUGUGCUGGGACCUGAUAGGACUAUUGCUCAUCCUGUACGACACAGUCACCAUCCCUCUACAAGUCUUCGAGAUUGCACGAGAUCAGUGGUCCAUAACCAUGGACUGGGUGACACUCUUCUUCUGGACUCUUGACAUGUUCCAAUCCUUUUUCACUGGUUACUUCAGCGAAGGGGUGAAGGUCAUGGACCCGAGGAUGAUUGUGAAGCACUACCUGAAGAGCUGGUUUAUUCUGGAUCUAGUGGUCGUCGGGCCGGAGUGGUUCACAUCCUUUUCGCCUGACGCAUUCGGCCUUGAUGGUGUUGGCAUUGGGCGCAUCUUGCGUCUUGGCCGAGCCAUGCGAGUCCUUCGGUUGCUUCGGCUCUUCAAGCUGCGGCGAAUUGUAGAUGCCAUGCUGGAGUUGGUGGAGAGUGAGUAUGCCUUUACCAUUAUCAAUCUGCUGAAGCUCUUAUUCGCGGUUCUGGUCUUGAAUCACGUCAUCGCCUGCGUGUGGUAUCUUGUAGGGAAGAGUGCUGCGAGCAUGGGGCUCUAUACGUGGUUCGAGAUGAGUGGGCAUUACCCAGAUGACAGUGUCUACAUGUAUUUCACUUCUCUCCAUUGGAGCCUUACGCAGUUCACGCCUGCUUCGAUGAAUGUUUCUGCAGCCAACACCAUGGAGCGGAUCAUGUCAAUCUGCGUGCUUUUCUUUGCCAUGGUAGCUUUUUCGUCGAUUGUCGGACACAUCACUGCUUCCAUGUCUCAUUUGCAGAACCUGCGGGGGGCCCAGAUGAAACAAUUCUGGAUGCUUCGCCGCUAUCUGAAGCAGCGCAGCAUUCGACGAGACUUGCAGCUGAGAAUUACCAAAUUCCUUGAGUACAAGACGCAGAAGGAGCACGACCUAGUGCAUAGCAGCAGCGUGGUAAUUUUGGAGCAGCUCUCUGAGCCGCUCCGCAAAGAACUCUCGUAUGAAAUUAUGAUACAGUGGCUGAUGUCGCAUUCCUUUUUCGAAGCUUUGAGUUCAAAGAUGCCGGUCAUCAUGCACAGGCUGUGCCAUCUAGCUCUGACGGAAAUCGCGCUUGCAUCAUCCGACGUGGUCUUCACUGCAGGUCAUGAAGGCAAGCAAAUGCUCUUUGUGAAGCACGGUGAGCUGGAGUAUAUGAGGCUGGGUCGGGAGGUGCUGGACCCACCAUUGCAGCAGAAGGACUGGUUUGUAGAAGCGGCGUUGUGGGUAUCAUGGCGGCACAUGGGCGACUGCAGAGUGCUCUCGCCCGGUGAGCUCAUCGCCAUCAGUAACGACGUCUUUGCCAAAGAGAUGUGCCGACAUCACGUGCCCUGGAGUUUCUGCAACAUGUAUGCCAUCCGCUUCUGCAAGAAGUUGAAUGCAAUUGAGCCCAAGGACUUGAGCGACGUACUUCGGGAAGACACGAUGCUGACAAACAUCAACGUGCAGGAGGCCGCAGAAGAUGUUUUCAACGAUGCCGACACGGGGGAGAUGCAGCAGUUAGCAGUGUCCAAGGCAGUCUGA